CGACAUUCACCGGGCCUUCUACUUCCAUGGCGACGAAUCCAAACCAUAGAUCAACGGCGCUCUUUUCAAACCACUUUGCCGCGGAAACCCUUCAAUUUCAACACAUUUAUCCUUAUUUUACGUAGUUUGUAAAUCCCACGCAGCUUUUAAAGAAGCCCCGACUAGCUGUUGACUCGAGGAGUGGCACCGUAAUGGGUAAUGUGGCGUUAUGCUGACGUUUAUUAAAGCUAAUAGCCGCUACACAAACUGUUUACCAGUAGCUAGCUCAAUGUCUCCUCAGAGACCGAGGUAUAGCAAAACCAGCUAAUUGUGUUUUGCUCAUACAUGCUAGUUUUAUUAAUUUGAAAAAUUAGCAAUAAAGCUAUGUAAUAUAUCCCCUUGCCUUCUCUGAAGUUCUACUUUAUAAAUGAAUUCGUGGGGGUUUUAAGCACUAGUUAGCGAACUGCAAGCAAUACAAAAAUGAACAGCAACGCAGAGAGGAAAUUUGUCAAUCUGCGGAAACGUCUGGAUCAGCUGGGCUACAGACAAACUCUCGGAAUAGAGUCGCUGCCGCUAGUGGAGAAACUCUUCAGCGACUUGGUCCACACAACGGAGAGCCUUCGCAAUGCCAAACUGUCAGCAGGAAAGACUGAGAAAGAGAGCCGAAAUGUUGAUGCUCUGCUGGGGCCUUACAAGGCAGAAAACGCCAGACUGGUCAAGGAAAACAACAGCAUGCAUCUUGAGCUCUUGAAACUGAGGGAGGAGAAAGAUCAUUUCUGUAGAGAGCUUAAAUUACAAAUCAGGAAGCUGGACAAUGAGACAUCUGAUCUCAAGUUUCUAAACAAUCAGUAUGUGCAUAAGGUGCGCAGCUUGGAGAAGGACAGCAGGGCUAAAGCUGAGCGGAUCCAACAGCUGCAGGAGAAGAACAUGCAAGCCGUUGUGCAGACGCCAGGUGGGAAAAUGCGCAGUAUUCCUUUCAGACGACAGAGAAUGCAGAUUGAUGAGCUUGCACCUCCUUCAUAUACAUCAGCCUAUCCUGUCCCACAGCCCGAUGAUCCGUAUGUAGCUGACCUACUGCAACUAGCUGAUGGAAGGAUCCAUGAACUGCAGGAAGACAUUGCCAACCUCAAACUAGACUUGGAAGAUUCCCAAGAAACUAUAAAACAACUCAGCAUUCAGGUGGACGAAAGGGAUACGGAGGUGGAGCGUCUGAACCGCUUACUUCACGGAGGGCGGCCUUAUGACGCCAUUUCCCUAGAAGCCCAAAACGUCAGCAACGAAAAACUGAUCGCUCAUCUCAACCUCCAGAUCGAGUACUUACAGGAGGCCAACAGUGCCCUCCAGGACAAGAUAGAGGGACUGCAACAAACGAAGAAGGACGCCUCCACAGAGGUGGCGAACCUCUCCUUAAAGAACCUGGAGCUGUGUGAGGAGCUGACGCAGAUAGAUCACCUGGCGCAGUGCAUGGAGAUGGACAAGGAGCGCGUGUUGGAAAAUGUUGAUAUAGAGCUACAAAAAGCAAAAAAAGAAAUUCAAAGGAAAGAGAAAAUCAUUGAAGACCUUGAGGAUAUUGUCACACAGACAAGAAGGGAGCAAUCCGAAGCAGAGUUUGAAAGAAACCGCUUCAGUAAUCAGCUGGUGGAGCUGAAGGAGCAGAACGAAAAGAUGGAGGCACUGGUGAACUUCCUGGAGGACGACAAGACCAGGCUGCAGAGGAAAGUGGAGAUGAUGAUGGCGGCCGAGAAAGACCUGGUGCUGGAGUUGGAGGCUUUCCGUACCAAGCACGGCGUCUGUGGCAGGGAGCGUUCCCCAUCUCGUCUGGACGCCUUCGUCAGGAGUCUCGAGGAGGAGAGGGAUUUCUACCGCCAAGAGUCUGAGCGGUACAAGAGAGCCAGAGGAGCCAGCGGGCCGGGCUCGAGUCCCAGCCGCAGUCCAGAGAGAGGCAGGAGUCCGAAAGGCAAAGUGAGCAAGGGAAGUGUUCCAGACCCAGAACUGAUCUUUGUAAUCAAAGAAAAGAAUGAGCUCAAGGCCGCUCUGAUGGACUUUGAGAGGCAGAUGGAGGACAUUCAGAACAACGUUCAAGUCCUCAGUAAUGAGAGAGACCACUUCAAGACCCUUUUUAAGCAGGCUCAAGACGACCUAAUGUCGGCCCGCAGAGCAGAUCUGUCGGCUGAAUGCAGAAUGCAGGAGGAGGUGAGACGAGAGGAGAUGAAGUUUGACCAGAUGACCUCUGAACGGGACUCGCUGAUGGAGAGGUUAAAGGAUGCCCAGAUGUCAGUGCUCACCGACAGAGAGCGAGACGAGAGGAGGAUUCUCGAGUUGGAGAAUACUGUCAGGAAUCUGGAGCGGGAGAGGUUGGACCUGCGGGCUCAAGUGUGCCUGUUGAAAGAGGACAAGGAGGCUGUGGAGGAAGAGCUGAAGGUUCGCUCCAUUGCUUCGGUCCAAGCCGCGGAAGAAGUGGCACAGAGAUUGGCCGAGGCCAACAGUCUGAGACUGGUGCAGGAGCAGAUGGAGCAGUCACUGUCUGACAUCCAGCGAAGACUCUCAGUGAAGAUAAACGAACUGCAUGUGGCCCACGAGCAGAUCGGAGAACUUCGAGAGAGAUUAGGGGAGCUGAGUCAGCAGAGUUCCAAAUGGAAUGAGGAAGUGGAAACUCUCCAGAAGUCGAUCUGUGUCCUGGACAGAGAGAAAGAUAUCCUACAGGACGAGGUGGAUCAAAAGACGGAGAAGCUGGUUGCUCUCCAGGAUGAAAUGUCCCAGAAGGAAAAAACCCUCAAAGACGUGAGACUCACUGUCAGAAAUAUGGACAAUUCCCUAGCUCAGCUGCAAGGAGCGCUGAAGAGUCGAGAACGGGAGAUCGGCAGUCUGAGGAGGCAGCUGGAUUCGUCUCAGGAGGAGCUGCCUGCUCUCCAGAGAGACAAAGAAGUCCUGCUGAGAGAAAACAGGAGGCUGCAGGACGACCUGGCCACUAUGACCAGGGAGAACCAAGUUGUACAUUUAGAAAUGGAGGAGGCUUUGCACGAGAAGGACGAGUUGAAUUCCAGGGUCCAGUCGUACAUUUCUGAAGUGUCCAGAAUAGAGAAACUGAUGGUCACAAAGGAACAGGAGAACAGGGACUUGCUGGAGCGCUUCAGGAUGGCCCACUCCGGGAUGCAGGAAUGGGAGCAGAAACUGCACCAGGCAGAAGGCCUCAAUAACUCCAUCCGCCUGGAGCUGCUCUCCUUGGACACAGAGCGUAGGCAGCUCCAGGAGACCGUCGGACUAAAAGACAAAGAGAUCCAACAGCACAUGCAGGCGCUGCAAGCUUAUGAAGCCCAGGUGUCCUCCCUGACCCGUAGGAUGUCCCAGCUAGAGGAGGACCUGUACAAAACCCAGGAGGAGAAGGCGGCACUCGUUUCUGAUCUGACUUCUGUCAGGGAACUCUGUGUCAAACUAGACUCUGGAAAGGAAUUCGCUGCACGACAUUUGACCUCCAAGAACAUGGAGCUAGAGAGGAUCACCGGACAACUGGAGGAUCUUCGAUCAGAGAUUGAGGUCCUGAAGAGGCAACUAGCCAGUGAGAGGCUGACGGUGCGCAACCUCGAGACACUGCUGUCCACCAAUCGGCAGAAAGAGUUCCAGAAGCACCUGGGUGCCAGCGAAAGGGAGUCCGAGCUGAGAGCCCUGCGCGACAAGCUCGCUCUGGCUGACAGCAAAAACGCAGAGAACACCAGAGAUGUGUCCCACCUCCGUGGGAAAGUGUCUCAGAUGCAGACAGAGAUGGACGUGCUGAAAAGACAGCUGACCACAGAGCGCUUUGAACGUGAAAGAGCGGUUCAGGAGAUGCGUAGGCAGGGUUUGUCAUUUUCGCCUCUCCAGAGCUCAUCCAGCGGCUCUCACCACACCUCUGCAGAACGCUCCGUCCUCCGAAGUCAUGAACACUCAGACAAGAGUGUUAGCUUCAAGGAUUAACGGCUAACGACAAAUGAAGUUGCAAGAGAAGACGACAGGGCAAAUUCCAGCCGUUCAAACGGCUCUUCGGGA